AUUUAUAACAAUCCGAAUGAGAACAUGUUUCCUAAGAUAGAGAGGAAUCAGAGGACAGGGAUGCCUUUCACAGCCUUCGACACGACUAGAGGAAUACCUGUCUGCAACAGUGAGCUUUUUAACCAAGCCAACACUGAUGGAGUGGUUCCUUUAGGAGCUAUAGCUAGAGAUCUUGAGUCAGGCCUCCAGAACAAUUUUGUUAAGUUUAAAAAUUCCUCAUCUAAAUGCAGAAAUCUGAAGUCGAUUCAACUGAGAGAAAAAUGUGAAAAGGACAUAAAUGUCUUCUUUGAUAGCCUUUUGGAAGAUAUCAACAAAACUGAAGAAACUCUCUUGAGAGAAGCUGAAUCCUCACUGAACAUGGCUGAACUCAAGGCAGUCAUUGAAAACGCUCCUGAGCUUCAGGAAGAAUGCAUUAAGAGAAUUAUGGAUGAAAAGAAAAGAUUUGACACCAAAAUGGACAGUAAACAGUUUGCAUAUAUUACUAGAAGAAAAGACUAUUUUGAUGGGUUUUUGAACCAUAUGGAUCAGAGUCGAGAAAAGCUUGAUGAUUUAUACUCCAAUGGAUCUUUGAAAGCCAAGUCUAUAGUCAACUUUAACAAUGAUAGUAAAUUGUAUGGAACUCCUUUGAUAGAAAUGGCAAGUAAUUGUAUCAUGAUUGAUGAACAACCAAGUUGUAAGAGGAAUGCAAGAAACAGUCCUGUUAAAUCACGUCAAAUGCCUCAAACCCAAGCUCCGCAAAAUAGUAUAAAUCAGGCUCCUCAAUCUUUGACAUCUCAAAUGAUCCAACAAAUGAAGCCACAAGUAAACCAAAUACAGAGGCCUCAAGUUCAACAACAUAACCAUCCUCAUGUUCUGCAGCCUAGCCAUCCUCAAGUUCAGCAGCCUAGCCAUUCUCAAGUUCAGCAGCCUAGCCAUUCUCAAGUUCAACAGCCUAGCCAUUCUCAAGUUCAACAGCCUAGCCAUUCUCAAGUUCAACAGCCUAGCCAUUCUCAGAUCCAACAGCAUAACCAUCCUCAAGUAUCCCAACCUCAAAGAUCCCAAAAUUUCCCAGCUGCUAGGCCUCAAGUUAUUCAAUCUCAAAAGCCUCAAAUUGCACACCCUCUAAAACCUCAAACGUCUCAUGCUCAACAACCUCAAACUCCUUUAGCUCAGAGACCUCAAGUUGCUCAGGCUCAAAGGCCUCAAGUAACACAAACUCCACAGGCUCAGAUCUCUCAGCCUGUAAAACCACAAGUUGAAGAAAAACAGCAGGUAAAAUUUAGUGAAGCCCUAUCGAAACCUUCUCAUUUGUUAUACCCAGGUAUGGAUUCUCAAAAACAGAAAUAUCAAAAUACCCAGACUGCAAACACUCAAGGAAGAACUCCCCAGGAUCAAAAGAUGGCUCAGUCUCAUGCUACUGCACAAGGUAAUCCUCAAGUGUCUCAUAUGAAGCCUCAACAGAAUGUCACUGCUACUAACUCUCAAGUACAAAAUUUAGCUUCUCAACCACAGAUUCAGAACAGACCUGCAAAUCUGCUAUCGAAUAUGAGAAUUGGAAUGCCUCCGAAAUUUUCCCAGGCUCCUGCUCAGCAGAAUACUCAGGGAGUUUCUAAAGAGACAAAGACACAAACUCCUGUAACCCAUCAGAAUGUUCAGAAACCUAGCUUUAGCAGUACUCCUGUAGCUCAAAAAGAACCUCAAAAGAUUGAAAACAAGAAUUUGUCACAGACUUUGGGUUCAGCGUUCAGUAUUCAGAUUCCUGGGCAACAGAAUAUCGGAAGCGCAGUGAUGAAAAAGCCUCAGACUCAGGCUCCAAAGAUAAGUAUGCCCCCUCUUCCAGGAUUUGGGGCUCCUAAAGCUGCUAAGCCAGCUCAGACUGUUAAUGUUAAGCCUUCUCCAGUGAAUGUAACUAGGCCUGUGGUUUCUAAGCCUGAGCCUUCUAAGUUAACUCAGAAUGUCAAUGUAGCUCAAACUGUGAGCUCAGGUCAACCUCAGAGGCCAAAACCAACUUCAGUAAAUACUUCUGAUAAAGAGAUAAAGGAAGAAGUUGAACAAAGAGAUGUUGAAAUGACUGAUGAUACUCCUUCGAAUGUUGAAAUGGCUAUACAGAAAGAAGCUCCUCCUCAAGAUGCUAUUCUAGAACAGACUGAUGCUCAUAUGUCUGAAGAGACCAAAACCGAUUCUGAGGUGAACAAAGAUUCUUCUAUAUCCUUUACCUGGCCUAAAAUUCUUCAUUCUCAUUUCUUUAAGAACAGAGGACAUGAGGUUUAUAGAAUCACUCGGACUGGGCAGAUUAAGAGACCACAGAUUUUCAGGGCUGAGAAUCUAUCAUUCUUCAAACUUCUGCAUAAUAACAAAGACCAGAUUUACUUACUUGGUGGAGCAAAUAAUGACGAAAUGGGCAGAGUUUACUCCAAAACCAGAAGAGUUGACUUUACAGCUUGUAGAUCAGAGAUCAUUGCAAAGAUGAACACAGCCAGGUGCAACUUCGGAGCCAUUUUCUCUCAAGACCAUAAAAAGAUCUAUGUUGUUGGUGGUGAUGUUAGUUAUGAAAUGACCACAGACCAUACCGAAGUAUUUGACAUUUCUAAGAACGAAUGGACCUACCUCAGACCAUUGAAUGAAAGUAAAGCCAAACCUGGACUAGCUAUCUUGGGAGGAUAUUUGUACUGUUUUGGAGGAAUUGAAAAACAAAAACAGCAAGAUCCUCUCAGUAAAAACAUUGAAAGAUUAAAUCUCAGUGAUCCUCAAGCUCAAUGGGAACUUUUAGACGAAAAACUACCUGAUGGAGUAUGCUACCAAGGAAUUAUCCCAAUUACAAGCAAUGAAUGUCUCUUAGUUGGAGGAACUAAAGGAACUACUUCUUCACAAACCCUAAUAUUUAAGCUUCCAUCGAGUGAAACAGGAAUGAAGCAUUCAAUCACAGUUGGAAACUCUCUUCAGACUUCAGACUAUUUCGAUAUGACAGAUCUAUUCUCUCAAACAGGAGAGAAUGAGAUUGCUUUCCCAGGACAUUACUCAAUGCACUUUAUGAACACUGUCAGCUUGACAUUCAAAUCCACGAAAUAUUUUUCUUAGGCUGUAAUCCAUACUAAUUUCUUAAUUUCACAGAAAUAUCUUUUU